AUGACAUCCGUUUUUCGUAACGGCCGGGUCUUCGUACCCGCGCCAUCGGCCAUUCCUGGCGACAAUUUCGCCGAUUGUAUGAUCAUCAAGAAUGACCGCAUUGCAUAUGUCGGUCCCGAAACUGAAAUCCCAGAAGGAGCCACAGUCAUUGAUUUGAACAACCGGAUUGUUGUUCCCGGAUUCGUCGAUGGCCACGUACACAUCCUGCAACACGGCCAAUCCCUCCGUAAAGCGAAUCUCAUCGAAUGCACAUCACUCGAGCAGAUCCGAGAAGUGAUCAAGGCAUAUGCCGCCGAGCAUCCCUCUGCGCCCCGGAUUCUCUGUCGAGGAUGGAUCCAGUCGUCUACUGGGGGAAUCGCGCUAUCUAGUAUGAUUGACGACCUUGAUCCGCGACCUAUCUACAUCGACGCAUUCGAUCUACACUCAAUGUGGUGCAACCAAGCCGCUCUCGACGAAAUGGGCGCUGCCACUUGGGCUGAUCUCGCCGGCGGAACUAUCCAUCGCGAUGAAGCCGGAAAGCCAUCGGGCCUCCUGGAUGAAUCUGCCGUCAUCAACAACGCAUGGCCUUUCUUAGACAGUCUCUAUUCGACAGAAGACAAAUUGAGCGCCUUUGACACCGCCGUGAACGGUUACAAGUCCGCCGGGUAUACGGGACUGAUCGACAUGGCCAUGGAUGAUAACACGUGGGAGAUUCUGAAUAUGUAUCGCCGCGACAAAGGAAUUCCAUUCCAUGUCGGAGUCCACUGGCUCGUCCCAUACUCCGAGGACCAACAAGCCAACCUCCGGCACGUGGACCGAGCCAUCGAGCUGAAAAAGCAAUAUACAGAUCCGACUUUCACAGUCCUCGGAGUCAAACUCAUUUGCGAUGGCGUCGUCGAUGGCUGUACCGCCGCUUUGAUGCAGCCAUACUCCGGAAAAUCCUCCCUUGUCGACCCCAUCUGGCCAGAAGACAAAUUGAGAGAAGUGGUCGAAUACGCCGACAAAGCCGGUCUCCAAUGCGCCAUCCACGCCAUCGGCGAUCUAGCAGUGCACCAAGCAAUUGACGUCCUAUCACAAGUCGGCACCCCUGGCCGGCGACACAGAAUCGAGCACCUCGAAAUGACCACCUCCGAAGAUGCAAAGCGACUAGGACAGCUAGGAAUCACCGCUUCCAUCCAACCAGUCCACUCCGACCCCAUGCUCUUCAAAGCAUGGCCUACUCUAGUCGGUGAGCACCGCUGCAAGCGUGCGUUCGCUUACAAAGAGUUCCUUGACGGAGGCGCUCCUCUUGCAAUUGGAACGGAUGCUCCUACUGCGCGCCACCUCCCGUUCCCUAAUCUUUACAAUGCGACCACGAGGCGCUCUGCACUUGAACCGGAGAUGGCCGACACUCUGAAUGCCCAAUUUGCGAUGAGUUUGGCGCAAGCGGCUACUGCUGCUUCGAAUGGCUCGGCUUAUGCGCGAUUUGCUGAUUCUUGGACGGGAAGCUUGAAAGAGGGCUUGAGCGCGGACUUCUUAGUGGUUGACAUGGAUUGGUCGCCAGAGAAGUUACUUGAGGCCAAAGUCUGUCAGACGUGGUAUCGAGGCAACAAGGUCUUUGAUUCCGCCACUGAGGCUUCAUAG